UGUUGGCCUGAGAGCCCAAUUCGACCAAUGGUGUUUCUUCAACCGGAUUAUAUUACUGUCUAAAACAAAAUUAAAAAUAGCAUAGUACACCGAUGGUUAUGACUGUUACGGUUUCCGGUUAGUCUUAACCGGCUCUUUCAAUUACGAAUCCAAUCUUCUCGUCGUCGUCGUCGUCUCCAUUUCUCUACACCGUUGAUGUUAGGGUUUCGGCUGUAUUCCCGCAGCUGCCGUACAUUUCUAGCUGGAGACGGCCUGAAUCCGCAAUUUAAUCGUCGAUUUUCGAUUUUAGUCAAGAACAAGAUUCAAUAGUGAUAUGCAGAUCACAUGUCUCCCAAUUUCGAUUCCUUCGAUCACUCCUCGAACCUCAAUUCCACUUUUAUCAUCACUCUCCUCAAAUCCUAGCCGCAUUUUCAACCUCACUUCACUUCAGAACCCAAAUCACAGUUUCUUCAAAACAUUACAUAAAUCUCAGACUGGUUUCAGCAAUACAGUUUUGGCUUCCAUGAGAAGAGAAGAAGGUGUUGAAGUCGAUGAUUCGUUUUAUAUGAGGAAAUGCGUUGAACUAGCAAAGAGAGCAAUUGGGUGUACAAGUCCUAAUCCUAUGGUAGGUUGUGUCAUUGUUAAAGACGGCGACAUCGUUGGCCAAGGGUUUCAUCCCAAGGCUGGUCAACCUCAUGCUGAGGUGUUUGCUCUUCGAGAUGCUGGAGAGUUAGCGGAGAAUGCAACUGCUUAUGUUAGCUUGGAACCAUGUAAUCAUUACGGGAGAACGCCGCCGUGUACAGAGGCGUUGAUUAAGGCUAAGGUGAAGAGAGUUGUAGUUGGGAUGGUUGAUCCGAAUCCAAUCGUUUCUUCUUCAGGUAUUAGUCGGUUGAAAGAUGCUGGAAUUGAUGUCACUGUGGGUGUUGAAGAAGAGUUAUGCAAGAAGAUGAAUGAGGGAUUCAUCCAUCGGAUGUUAACAGAGAAGCCUUUCCUUGCCCUCAGGUAUUCUAUGUCUGUCAACGGUUGUUUUCUGGACAAGAUUGGGGAAGGGGCUUCGGAUAGUGGUGGAUACUACUCGAAGCUAUUACAGGAAUAUGAUGCGAUAAUACUUUCAUCCUCGUUAUCGGAUGAACUCUCGAGCAUUUCCUCACAAGAAGCUACUAACGUUUCAAUUCAACCUAUUCAAAUCAUAGUAGCUAGAAAUGCACAACAGUCUCCUAUCCUUGCUUCUUCCAACACUGUGGAAGAAUCGGGUCCAAAAGUUGUACUGUUCACCGCAAAGGAAUUGCUUGCAGAAUCCGGAAUCAGUAGUAGCGGGGUUGAAACUGUAGUACUGGAAAAGAUAAAUUUGGAUUCCAUUCUGGAUUACUGUUACAACCGUGGACUAUGCAGUGUCUUGUUAGAUUUGAGGGGGAACGUCAAAGACCUUGAAGUGCUUCUGAGAGAUGGAUUUGAACAGAAACUAUUGCAGAAAGUAAUUAUUGAGGUUUUGCCGGAAUGGAGCACAAAAGAUGAGAGACAGAUUGCAUCGAUGAAGUGGUUAGAAUCAAAACAGGUGAAAGAUUUGCAGUCUAAGCAAUUAGGUGGAAACGUUUUGCUAGAGGGCUAUCUUUGAUGUUUUGAUGUAUGAAUGUAAGUCAUAUUCACUUUCUUAAAGCAUUGUAUUAUUAAGGUUUUACAGAUUUUUUUAUGGAUUAAUAAAAGAUUUUUGUUGAAAUUU